AGAGACGCGGUAAGGGGGCGGGGCCAAGGUCCCGGCGCUCGGCGUUCCAGAGGGUGGGGAGGGGGCAAGUGUCAGUCAGGACGGGAGUCCGGCGGGUUACCGCUGAGACCUCGGUGGCAGACAGGGGGUCCGGGCCGCUGCGUGUUGUCCACCCAAGAUGGAGUUCCUCCUGGGGAACCCGUUCAGCACCCCGGUGGGGCAGUGCCUCGAAAAGGCAACAGAUGGCUCCCUGCAAAGUGAGGAUUGGACAUUGAAUAUGGAGAUCUGUGACAUCAUCAAUGAGACGGAGGAAGGGCCAAAGGAUGCCAUUCGAGCCCUGAAGAAGCGGCUCAAUGGGAACCGGAACUACAGAGAGGUGAUGCUGGCAUUAACAGUGCUGGAGACAUGUGUGAAGAACUGUGGCCACCGCUUCCACAUCCUUGUGGCCAACCGAGAUUUCAUCGACAGUGUUCUGGUCAAAAUUAUCUCUCCCAAGAACAACCCUCCCACCAUUGUACAGGACAAAGUGCUUGCUCUGAUCCAGGUAGGUUGGACCCCUUGCCCAAUUUGUUGGGACACACUCGCGGGCCCUUCAUCAGAUCUACAAUCUACAUUUUGUUCUCAUCUGCCACCCAUUUGUUUUGUUGCCACAGACUUGGGGACAGAGAGCGUCAGUGGCACCCUCAGUUCACUCCAGCAAUGUAAUCCCCGUGACAGCUUUGACAUGUUUGCCCAGACGAGAGGAAACUCCUUGGCUGAGCAGCGCAAGACGGUAACCUAUGAGGAUCCUCAGGCUGUCGGAGGACUUGCUUCUGCACUAGACAGUCGAAAACAGAGCUCAGAAGGGACUUUUCUGUCCUCGGCCCAGAAGAAAGGUAGAGGUGGGGAGUAUGACCUGGAGCCCAUAGACAGCUGGCUCAUAACCCAAGGAAUGAUCCCCGUUGCGCAGCCCUCUGUCAUGGACGACAUUGAGGUGUGGCUCAGGACCGACCUGAAGGGCGAUGACCUGGAGGAGGGUGUCACAAGUGAAGAGUUUGAUAAAUUCCUUGAAGAAAGAGCCAAAGCUGCUGAAAUGGUUCCUGACCUCCCCUCGCCCCCCAUGGAGGCUCCUGCCCCAGCCUCAAACCCUUCUGGCCGGAAGAAGCCAGAGCGGUCAGAGGAUGCCCUCUUCGCCCUGUGAGCGGCUCUGUGGUUUGCCUCCCCAGAUGGCGGGUCCCCACUCGCACCCCAUGGACACCAGGCACUGGCCACUCCUACAUCCCCAGCUCCACAUGGCCUGCACACCUGUGUCUCCAUGGAAAUGCCACCGUGUCUGCUCCCAGGCUUCCCACUAGUCAGGACCAGCUUUAGCCACCUUCUUUUCUCUGAGUGGUGGGACAGCUGCAGCCAGAGACUCCUUUCCCUCCCACUACGGGCCCCUCUGCCCAUGUUUCCUCCAAGGAAGAGUGGGCAGAGUGGCCCAGCCCCAGGCAGUGCUUCCUGAGCAGACCACCCGGACUGUCUUUCCUCCACCCACCCACGGAGAAGGAGCAGACCUGGCCCUGCCCUGUGCUCACCUCUGCCUGGCUCAGCAACCUCCUCAGGCAUUCUGCCCACCUGGGCACCUCUCUCCCCAAAGGGGCUUUGUGGCAUCUCUGGAAGAGCAGGGUGCACUGCACCCAUCUGGGGCCUGGUCUCCCUCCUUGGACUUGUCACUUUGUGACGUUUGGCUUGUCGGCACUUGAGAAGGCUCUGCUGGGUGUCCACGGAGGGUCUCUCACCUUCUUGACCCUCUCUCCAUCACUCAGCUGCCAGCGCAGGCUUCACACCCGAGCUGGCUCAGCAGCUGAGCCUGGCACCAAGGGGCCCUGCAGGCUCCCAGGGCAGGGAGAGGGCCAAGGACAAUUGGGAGGGCAGCAGGCAGCCUGCAGAUGGUGGCCAUGUGGCACGCUGCUGAGACAACACUACCAAUAAACCAAACUGCCGUGCACACACUGCAGGCUCACACCCACACACCUGGCCCUGGCUUGUGGAGGGGCUUGCAUUGGAGGCAUUGCUCUGGCUUGCCUGGGGAAGUGUCGCGGGUGUGCACAUGGGCCACACUCAAGGCUGUGGCCUGGCCUAUCGUAGCCUCGCACCUCUGCCUCCAGAGCCAGCAGUAAAGAACUUUGCAGCACGCUUGGAGGUUCCCAAUGACUGAGAGGCCUGAGCAGCACUAAGGCCCCCGCACUGCUCCCUGGCAUCGGCCUUGGCCUGCUUGCACAGACUGUCCUGACAGCCUGGCCUCCUCCCACCUCAGAGGUUCUCUGGCCACCAAUUUAUACUGUCUCCCCAAGCUGAUCCUGAAGGCAGACAGAGCAGCUAGGGCCUGGUAACAUAUACUCCCAUCCUGUGUCCUUACUGGUGUGUCCCCUGGCCAUGGGCAAGGGACUCAUGGGUUAUCCCAGGCGCUGGUCCAGCCAGACACCUCCCCCACACCUCUCACCAAGCUGCUGUUGCUCAGAAGAAGGAGAAUGCUGCAGCUGUGCACACCCCCAUGCGUCUUGGGCCCAGCUCACUGGGUCAGUCUGUUACUGUCCCCUCCAGCAUGCACUGCCUAGGUCAGCACAGGUUCCUGACCCAUGGUGUAGUUAGCCCUUCCCAUCUGGCAGGAUGGCCCAGACCACCAGCCAAGCAGGGAAAGGGGGCUGGGCUUGACAGGAGAAGAGACCAGUGACACCGUCUUUGGGGAGCAUUCAGGAUGGCGACUUCAGUUGGGAGCCAUGCUGAGCACCAACAGGAACUGUUCAGUGAAGAGCAAGUGCUGCCCAACCCAGGACCCCGUGCCAGGCUAGCAGCCCUCCAGCUUCCUCCUGAAAGGAGACCUCGGUCUGGCUGAGGGUGGGACUAGCGGGGAUGUCACACUCCAGUUCCUCAGGUUCACCCAGGGAGCUCCUCCAUGGAGCCUGGCCAGCCUGAUUCUAGCCCUGUCCCCUCUGGCAAUAUGUGCCACACCUGGCCUCUCUGCUCCCUGACGGUUGAUGAGCCCCUGCCUGUCUCCUCAAUGUUUCUCAGAGACAGACCUCCCUGAGAUCAGCUUGAAUGUCAAGACUUCUGAAGUCAGCUGGCUUCACUUGAGCUGCAGAAAAGGUGGCUGGGAUGGCCCAGGUGCACCCAGAGGCCCCAGCCCUUUGGCUGCCUUUGGGUUGUGACUUGGGUUGUCUCUGAGGCCCUGCCAGAGCUGGGCCUGCGGGUGGUGGGCGGCCGGACCUCAGGCAGUCAGUGCUCUGCAGCCUCAGCACUGUAGCCCAGACCCAGUGUCCUCGGAGGGAAGAGCCAGCAUCCCUGCCCCAUGGAACGGGGAGUCCCGAAAGAUCAGGAGCCUGGAGGCUCUGAAAGGAGCAGGGCUUCCAUAGUGCGUGAAGCUGGGAUAGGUGCCCUCCUGGGGAGCCCCCAGCAAAGCUGUUUUUCAUACCCAUGCCCAGAGCUGCCCCACCCCAGUUCCAGCUCCUGCUCUGGCUCCAGCGCCAGCUGGUUGCCAGCCAUGAUUGGAGAGGCCUGGCUGCCCCAGGGGCAGCAGGGAGUGGUGGACCUGUAUGGGCUGGCAGGAGGCCAUUGGCCAUGCUGACAAGUAUCACCUGCCUUCCUGGCCUGGAGCCACCCCUCGGGUGGCUUUCCAGUGCCUACUUGCACCUCCUGUCCAGAGGUAGCCUUCCCCACCUGUAGGCAGAGGAAGCUCUUGCUUGAGACCCGCACAGGAAGCAAGUAUAGCCCCAGUGACCUAGAGGGGCUUCCGCUCAGCCCUGGCGAGAUGUCCUGUCCUGAGGUCUCUGCUCCCAGACUCCACCAUCUGGGGAGCACAGUCCUCAGGCUGCCUGGUCCAGGAAGGAGGCGCGAUCCUGUCAGGAAACCUGGACUCUCAAGGCCCACCAGCCUCUCCGUGAGUGUUAGAAAUCACAGAUACAGUAUAUACUUAAUUACACUAAAUUAUUGCUGGGAUUCCUCAUAAGCACUAAUUAUACCUGAUUAUAGGUUAAAAUAUUUAUUUUGUCAAAAUAUUUUCUUGGGAAUGUGUUUAACCCUUUCUGUGUUCAUUGUGUGCUGAGGUGUGAAAACUAGCCAUUCCCUCCUGCCUACCGUUUUGGCCAGUGGGCAGCAGAGAAUGGCACCAUGUGCAGUUGGGCCCCCGGCACCGUGGGCCUUCGGCCCGUCUGCCACAGAGUGGCCCUGCCUGGGCAGCCUGCAGGCACUGAGCAGACCAACUGUGGCCAGGCUGAGAGAAUGACCGGCUCGCUGACCAGCGUGCAUGGGACAAGGGGCUUUGGAGCCUCAAGGGGUUGUUGGCCUGGGCUGGAGGGAAAGGUGACCAUCCAGCUGUCCUCCUGUCUUUCUGUUAGCGCUUCCACGUGAGUGAUGGUGCCUUGGUUCACUGGCCUUCCCCCACCUCCCCACCCUGCCACCUGGUGGUCUUGGGGCCUGUACUGUCACUCCAGCCCCUGGGGAGGAGAGGACCAAGCCGGGAGAGUUGGGGCAAGGGCUCUGCAUGGCCCAGGGGCAACAGAUGCUCGCAGGGCAGCUGCUGCCAAUGCCCAUGCUCCUGCCCCCGUCCUUCCCACUGCCACACCCCAUCCUGGGUCCCCGCAGACACACAUCUCUAACUCAGUCGGGACCAGCCUUCUGGAUGGCUCAGGGUAGGCCAUGGGCCCACCUGGGGCCAGGCCAGCCCCUGGGCAGCUCUGGAAGAGCAGUGUGAAGGAGCGCUUGCUUGCAGCCUGACCUCAGCCUCUGGCACUGCUGGGGUGGCCCCCAAGAGCCUCUCCACUGUCGACUGUGGGGACAUCUCACCCAUUUGGGUGACAGCCAGUCUUCCCCACCCAGAGAGAAAUGUUUCCACCCCAGAGACAUUGCUUAUCAGCCCCUGAAGUGCUUGCCUCCCCCAGUGCCCGUCACCAGCCCUUCCUAUCUGUGGGGUCCAAGACAGGCUUCCCCUGCAGCCACCAGCUGCCGGGAGCAGCCAUUAGCCUCUGAGUCAGAACUGCUUCUGUCUGUCCAUACCUCCAGGCUCUCCCGGAGAGGGGGACAGAUAUUUAUUUCCUAAAGUUUGCACUUAAUUGUGAGGAUUCUCAGGAUUGUUGGGGGCUACCUGAAAAGAGGAAUGUGUUGAAUGUUGCAUUUGCUGUCCACUCGUCCUAGAAGUUUAGUGUUCUUGUCACUAUCAUGUGUUUCUGUGGGCAGAGCUGGUUCUGGAGGGUGGGUCAGUGCACCCGAGGCUCAGAGCAUCCAUCCACCCCACUGGCCCUCCUUCCAGAUACCCUCUCUCUAGUUGGGUUCUUGCAUGUAAGAUACUCCACAAUAAAUAAGUAAUUGAACAAAUU